UCCUGUGUGCGGAUGACUGAAUGAACCUCCUCACAUUUAUGACAGAAACAGAAACACGAAUGAUGACUCCCGAGAAGAGCUCGCCUAGCUAGAUGGCGUUUUCUGUAAGAGCCUGUUUCCGGGUAGAGAAGAAACAUAUUUAUGUCUGUUAAUCGACCAUGUUUGAGUACUGGUCGAUUUCCUGUGUAAUAUAAGGUACGUUAGCGUUCUGGCUUUCCGGCUUCUCUGCUCCAGAGUACAGCGCUAACGGUGAGCCAGCUAGCAUUAGCUGCAGCAAUCCACUUCCUGUAUGAGUCGGGUUUAGGCCCAGUCCCCGAGCGCGAGCACAUUUGCUUGCUUAUCCGGAGUGAAUCGCUCCCUGCUGUAGGAUGCUUGUUGAAUUCCGUGGCUUCUUUCUAGUCAGCUGCUGACGGUCCGCAGUAGCACGAUGCUAGACGUCCCCACGCAUCCCGUCCCGAGGCGCCUCCCCAAGUGAUAUGAUAGUAGCCACCUGGAUUGCAUUCUGUGCCAGCAGGAGCCUUGCAGGGGUUCUGCGACUGACUGUCGAACAGCUGCGAUCUGUCCAGUUGUGGCGGAGCCUCGUGGGUCGCGGAGACAUGGGAAACAGUUGCGUGUGCAGAGAGGACAGUGACGUGGAGGAGGGAGUGGCGCCUCGGAGGCAGCUCAGGCGGGUGGAAAACUCUGAGCCCCCCGAGGCCAGGGGCAGCCGACCCAGGGAUCCUGUCCGACCUCCCCGGCGAGGCCGCGGUCCUCACGAGCCGCGGCGGAAAAAGCAGAAUGUCGACGGGCUGGUGCUGGAUACACUGGCUGUUAUCAGGACACUUGUAGACAAUGACCAGGAACCCCCUUACUCCAUGAUAACAUUGCAUGAGAUGGCUGAAACCGAUGACGGGUGGCUUGAGGUAGUGCAAUCUUUGAUCCGAGUGAUUCCUCUGGAUGACCCGUUGGGUCCGGCUGUGAUCACCCUGCUCCUGGACGAAUGCCCUCUGCCUACCAAAGACGCUCUGCAGAAGCUGUCGGACAUGUUGAGUCUGAGCGGUGCUGUGGCUCACCAGGAUGCCCUCGUCCCGGCCAAGCACCGCAACACCACGGCAGUGCUGGGCUGCCUAGCUGAGAAACUCGCCGGUCCUGCUAGCAUUGCACUCCUCAGCCCAGGAACCCUGGAAUAUUUACUGGAGAGCCUGAGCUCUGAAGCCCACCCUACUGUAAUGCUGUUUGCUCUCAUUGCUCUGGAGAAAUUCUCCCAGACCAGCGAGAACAAACUGACCGUGUCAGAGUCAUGUAUUGGCGAACGGCUUUCAGUCCUGGAGUCCUGGGCAGAUCACUCAGACUACCUUAAACGCCAAGUUGGCUUCUGCGCACAGUGGAGCCUGGACAACCUCUUUUUAAAAGAUGGUCGGCAUUUCACUUACGAGAAGGUCAACCUGAACAACAUCAACGCCAUGCUUAACAGCAACGAUGUCAGUGAAUAUCUCAAGAUCUCUCCCAGUGGACUGGAGGCGCGAUGUGACGCUUCGUCGUUCGAGAGCGUGCGCUGUACGUUCUGCGUGGACUCUGGUGUUUGGUACUACGAGGUCACGGUGAUCACUUCGGGUGUCAUGCAGAUUGGCUGGGCCACCAAGGAUAGCAAGUUCCUCAACCAUGAGGGCUAUGGGAUUGGAGAUGACGAGUACUCGUGUGCAUAUGACGGCUGCAGGCAGCUGAUUUGGUACAAUGCACGCAGUAAGCCUCACUCCCACCCCUGCUGGAAAGAAGGUGAUGCCAUAGGAUUCUUACUGGACCUUAGCAAGAAACAGAUGAUUUUCUACCUGAAUGGACACCAACUUCCUCCUGAAAAGCAGGUGUUCUCCUCUGCCACGUCUGGCUUCUUUGCAGCAGCCAGUUUCAUGUCCUACCAACAGUGUGAGUUCAACUUUGGGGCCAAGCCAUUCCGCCACCCCCCAACUAUAAGGUUCAGCACCUUUAAUGAAUUUGCCUCGCUUGCAUCUGAUGAGAAGAUAAUUCUACCCAGGCACAGACGCCUAGCCCUUUUGAGGCAGGUGAGCAUCAGAGACAACUGCUGCACCCUCUGCUGUGACCAAAUGGCAGAUACAGAGCUGAGACCAUGUGCACACAGUGGUAUUUGCAUGGAGUGUGCCUUACAGCUGGAUACGUGCCCGCUGUGUCGUCAGGACAUUCAGACGCGAGUCAGACUCAUUUCGCACGUGUCCUGACACCAACUCACAAAGCCAAGACUCGGACACUCCCCCUAGCUUCCAUCCCAUCCAAGUCCUGUCCAAGAGAUCCAGGCUGACUGAUAGAAUCAUGAGGCUGUUUCAGGAUGGGAUGCUGCAGCUCAAAAUGUCGAGGAAGGAGAGCUGGAUGUUCUCCUGGGGAGAGAAAGAGGGGGGAAAUGGAGGACGAGAACAAGAAAUAGGAAGGAAGAUGUGUACUCCUAAGAUCGUCACCCCCAGUCAGAGAGGAAAACGGGAGGUUGAGCAGUUUCUCAGAAGGUCAAGCAUCAUUUCCAGGAACAUGACAGUUAUUGCAUGUCUAGCUGUACAUGCAUUGUGUACACAAGAAUCUGUCUAGGACUCGCUUCCCAAAGGCACUAAUCAAAUGUGCCUGUGUAUCUCUGUGUUCAGAUGUGUUAUAUGUAUCUGUGACUCUUAUGUUUAAAGCUCAGCCACACAGACAGCAGUUCUUCCUUAAACUUUUUUUUUCUGCCCAGUUGAUGCAACUCCCUGAGACACAGAGCGAACUUUAAUAUUUUCUCGGAUUGUUCGCUCUCUCUUUGCUGUACUUGACACACUUGUGGGAUGAUUCCCUUGCAUUAUAAAUAUGAUGGAAACCUUAACGAAUUCACAAGCUGUGAUUUUAAGUCUGAUUAUGCAGAUUUUUCUUGUAAUACAAUGAAAAUAUUAUUUAAUAUCAAAAACUAAACAGUUCAAAAAACUGCAGAGAUAAACCUUUGACUUGCAACCACGCAAAUUCAGGGUGCAGUGCUGUUCUGCAGUCGACACAGUCAUUUGCCUUGUUUCCGUUUGUUGUGUAAGGAAGAUGCACAUGUCUCUGUUGUGUAUACAGAGAGAGAAAAUGGUAACUUUCAGAAGCAGUUAAUGAGGCUGAAAGCACACAAGCUCUCAAAGAUUGUAAAAGACUGGAUUCACAAUAAUUCUUUUUCUGAACUGUGAUGUUUGUAAUAAACGUCAGAUUUACGUGUUGUAUAA